AUGACCAUGCCUCAGCCAGCUGGUCCUCAACCUAUAUCUUUCCCACAGUAUUUAUGGAGAAAAUGUAAAUCUCAACCUGUGAUACCUAUAGGUAUGGUAGCUACCGUCGGAGCGUUAGUGGGCGCAGCGUACUCCAUGAGAACGGGUAAUAGAAGAUCUAUGAAUUAUUAUCUUCGUGCAAGAGUAGCACUUCAAGGUCUCACUGUAGUAGCUAUGAUCUUAUACGGUAGUGUGGCCAUUACGCUCCCUUCACCUGAACAAAUUCCCAUACGACUCAAACCUGACGAAGAAUCCGAAUGGUAUCAAUCCAUGCGAGACCUUCGAACGAUUCGUGAACAACAUAAAAUAGCCAAAGGUGAAGUGGAUGAAGUUCCAGAAAGAAGGAGUGAACAGGAUUUGGCUGCUUAUCCUUUAAGAAAAGAAGAUCGUGUCAAGGCCAGUGAAUUCGCUCAGAGAUUGAAAGAGGCGGAGAGGUUGCAAAAGGUUGAUGAUGAGGCUAAAGAGAAAUGA